AUGGCCGAAGACAACCCACAGCUCCAUGCCGCUCUGCAGCUGCUGGACCAGGAAUUGGAGGAUGGUGAUAUCACCCAGAAAGGAUAUCAGAAACGCCGUACUCUGCUCUUUUCCCAAUUCAUGCCCACAAAUGCGCCCCCGAGCGACCAGACAAAUCGUCUGAGCCACAAUCCCGGAACGGAUUCCCAAUCCACCGUUCCCAUUCCUAUUGAAGGCGGGCAAGCAAACCGGUCAUCAACAUACGCAGAUAACCGGCGACGGUCGGACUAUCUCCCCGCAAACCUCAUCUCCCCCACGAAUAGCGUACACUAUGCCGAUCCGCAUGGGAAUCCGUUGUCUAGGAUUCAAGAAAAUGAGUUGGGAUUCUCGCUGGAACCAACCUUCCCAUCAACGUCGGACUACGAUUCUUUACAGUCUCUCAGGGUAAAUCCGGCUAAUACGCAAUAUACUCCGUCCCGAUCGCCUACGAUCAUGAGCCAGAACUACGCAUUUAACCCGAACGAUCAGCCCGAGCACAAUGUCCAAACCAGAAACUCUACCAUGCUCGAUUCGCAGCAAGCCUACUUUUCAGACUUUGCGGGCCAGCAACGAGACGAUCAGAGAGAUAGUUAUGGUCGACACUUUCACCGCUAUUCGCAAACGGAACCCUUUUCUCCCACUGCCGCAAUGGCACCUCCUCCUAUGCCCACAACCGGAAUUGCGCAUGGGCUAAUAGCAGAGCAUCUUCUGCCUCUGGAGCCGCGAGACCUUAGCUUUGAAGUCUGCGACCCUCACGACCCCAAAUGUCCAAUGGCCAGGUUCGACAACUUACCCACAGUUCUACGACACCGAGCCCGUGCACACCCCAAACAACCGGCGUACUGGGUGCUUGAUCAACGCGGAAAGGAAAUAGCUUCCAUAACGUGGGAAAAGCUUGGCAGUCGUGCAGAGAAAGUUGCGCAGGUGAUACGUGACAAGAGCAGUCUGUAUCGAGGGGAUCGCGUCGCGCUCGUGUAUCGGGAUACUGAAGUGAUAGAAUUUGCCGUUGCAUUGCUGGGCUGCUUUAUUGCUGGAGUUGUCGCGGUCCCUGUCAACAACCUUGAGGAUUACGCCAGCCUUAACGUUAUCCUGACCUCCACCCAAGCGCACCUCGCCCUGACUACAGAGAAUAAUUUGAAAACUUUUCAGCGGGACAUUGCCACUCAGAAGCUGACUUGGCCCAGAGGCGUGGAAUGGUGGAAAACAAACGAGUUUGGGAGCUUUCACCCAAAACGAAAAGACGAAGUCCCUCCUUUGGCCGUACCGGAUUUAGCAUAUAUUGAAUUUGCCAGGGCACCUACUGGCGACCUUCGCGGUGUAGUAAUGAGCCAUCGCACCAUAAUGCACCAAAUGUCCUGCCUUUCCGCUAUAGUAUCCACGAUACCUACUGACGGCAAUGAGACCGGCACGCCACCUUCAAAACCGCACAGCGAUAUUCUUAUGAGCUAUCUUGACCCUAGACAGGGUAUAGGCAUGAUUCUUGGUGUCCUAUUUACAGUUUAUACUGGAAAUACAACCGUCUGGCUAGAAUCAUUGGCGGUUGAAACUCCAGGGCUAUAUGCUAGCUUAAUUACCAAAUAUAGAGCAACACUAUUAGCCGCGGACUAUCCAGGCCUCAAACGAGCUGUGUACAACUACCAGCAAGAUCCAAUGGCAACCAGGAAUUUCAAGAAAAAUACCGAGCCGAAUUUUGUGAGCUUAAGGCUUUGUCUGAUCGACACAUUGACAGUAGACUCCGAAUUCCACGAAGUUUUAGCCGACCGGUGGCUAAGGCCUCUGCGAAACCCGCGGGCCCGUCAGUUAGUCGCACCUAUGCUGUGUCUUCCAGAACAUGGAGGUAUGGUUAUCAGUCUUCGAGAUUGGCUUGGCGGUGAGGAACGUAUGGGCUGUCCACUGAAACACGAAGUGCAACCAACGGAACCACAAACGGCAGAGGGCGAAGACGGUAAAAAGGAGGAAGGGGAUAAAACUGAAGAACCAAAGGAAACCUUUGGAAGCAGUUUAAUCGGCGGCACAGCCGCGCCUACAAGGAAAGAGGGCUCGCGAAAUGACCUUCGUGACGUGCUUUUGGACAAAGAGGCUCUGAAAAUUAAUGAACUCGUUAUCUUGGCAAUUGGCGAAGAGGCCAGGCGGCUGAGUGAUAUCACCCCCAACGCUGUUCGGGUGGGCGCAUUUGGCUACCCAAUUCCGGAUGCAACGCUGGCAAUUGUCGAUCCCGAGACUGGACUACUGUGUACACCUUAUGUAAUCGGUGAGAUAUGGGUUGAUUCACCCUCAUUAUCUGGAGGAUUUUGGGCCCUACCGAAGCAUACAGAGACUAUAUUUCAUGCUCGACCUUACCGGUUUCAGGAAGGAAGCCCCACCCCAAUAUUAGUUGAGCCAGAGUUCCUCCGAACCGGGCUUCUUGGGUGUGUUAUCGAAGGACAAGUAUUCGUGCUCGGACUCUACGAGGAUCGUCUACGCCAAAAGGUAGAGUGGGUCGAACAUGGCGUAGAACUUACAGAACACCGGUACUUCUUCGUCCAGCAUCUGAUAAUCAGCAUCAUGAAGAAUGUACCCAAAAUUCAUGACUGCUCUGCCUUUGACGUUUUUGUCAAUGACGAGCAUCUACCUGUCGUGGUCCUAGAGUCAUAUUCGGCUUCAACGGCACCUACAACCUCAGGUGGCUCUCCUCGACAACUAGAUGCAGCACUUCUGGAUUCUCUGGCCGAAAAAUGCAUGGAUGUUCUAUACCAGGAGCACCAUCUUCGCGUCUACUGUGUAAUGCUUACGGCUCCAAACACACUACCUCGAAUAAUCAAAAACGGAAGACUGGAGAUUGGCAAUAUGUUAUGCCGUAAGGAGUUUGACAACGGGUCCCUUCCUUGUGAGCACCUUAAAUUUGGCGUUGAGCGCUCUGUUUUGAAUCUUCCAAUUGGUGUUGAUCCUGCUGGCGGCAUUUGGUCUGUCCCUUCCUCAGCCUCAAGGCAAGAUGCUCUGGCGAUGCAAGAGAAGCAAUAUUCUGGUGUCGACUUGCGCGAUGUUAUAAUGGAUGAUCGCACUUCAACGCCACUCAACAGCUUUAGCAGUAUUGUUGAUUUACUGCAAUGGCGGGUUUCUCGCCAAGGUGAAGAACUCUGUUAUUGCUCUAUCGAUGGCCGGGGUAGAGAAGGGAAAGGCAUAACAUGGAAAAAAUUCGACGCGAAGGUUGCUGCCGUUGCUGCUUACCUGAAAAAUAAGGUCAAACUUCGCCCAGGUGACCAUGUCAUCCUCAUGUAUACUCACUCAGAAGACUACGUAUUCGCCGUGCAUGCUUGCUUCUGUUUGGGUCUCAUAGCGAUCCCUAUAUCCCCUGUCGAUCAAAAUCGACUUUCUGAAGACGCUCCGGCUUUGCUCCAUGUUAUUUUUGAUUUCCGCGUGAAGGCCAUAUUGGUUAACGGCGAAGUCAACGACCUGCUGAAACAGAAACUAGUUUCUCAACAUAUCAAACAAUCUGCUCAUGUCGUUCACACUAGUGUUCCUAAUAUCUAUAAUACAUCGAAGCCUCCAAAGCAAUCGCAUGGGUGCCGCCAUAUGGGGUUUACGAUGAAUCCUCAAUGGCUAAACUCAAAUCAGCCAGCAAUUAUUUGGACGUAUUGGACUCCAGAUCAGCGAAGAUUGUCGGUACAAAUUGGUCAUGAUACCAUCAUGGGUAUGUGCAAGGUUCAAAAGGAGACUUGUCAGAUGUCAAGUUCGCGUCCAGUUUUAGGCAGCGUGCGUAGCACCAUAGGCCUCGGGUUUCUUCACACUUGUUUGAUGGGACCAUAUCUUGGUGCCCCUACAUAUCUUGUUUCUCCUAUUGACUUUGCAGCGAAUCCCACGUCCUUAUUUCUCACUUUAGCGAGAUACAAAAUUAAAGAUACUUAUGCCACUAGUCAAAUGCUAGACUAUGCCAUGGGAAGUAUGGUCGCAAAAGGCUUCCAACUGCAUGAAUUAAAGAAUCUCAUGAUCUCAGCUGAAGGAAGGCCUCGUGCUGAUAUUUAUCAACGAGUGCGUUUACAUUUUGCUGCUGCUGGACUUGACCGCACGGCGAUUAACACAAUUUAUUCUCACGUUCUCAAUCCCAUGAUUGCUUCCAGAUCGUAUAUGUGCAUUGAGCCCAUUGAGCUCUGGCUUGAUACAAAAUAUCUAAGACAAGGCUAUGUUGUCCCUGUCGACCCGGAUACUCCUGGACAUACUCUAUUAGUCCAGGAUUCAGGUAUGGUUCCCGUGAGUACCCAGAUAGCCAUUGUGAACCCAGAGACUUGUUGUCUUGCUUAUGUUGGCGAAUAUGGUGAAAUAUGGGUGCAAUCAGAUGCUUGCGCCAAGUCGUUUUAUGGCUCAAAGCAAGAAUUCGAUUCAGAACGAUUUAGAGGACGCACUGUUGAUGGAGAUCCUGAUGCUGUAUAUGUCCGAACAGGGGACUUGGGCUUUCUUCAUACAGUGACUAGGCCUAUUGGCCCUGGUGGACAGCCUGUUGAAAUGCAGGUUUUGUUCGUCUUGGGCAGCAUUGGAGAGACCUUUGAAGUCAAUGGUCUUAAUCACUUCCCUAUGGAUAUUGAACAAACAAUUGAAAAAUCCCAUCGAAAUAUUGUUAAGGGAGGAAGUGCUGUAUUCCAGGCCGGUGGGCUUGUUGUUGGGCUUGUUGAAGUUACUCGGAAAGCUUACCUUGCUUCUAUUGUACCUGUUAUUGUGAAUGCCGUGCUUACUGAGCACCAGGUCGUUACCGACAUUGUUGCCUUUGUCCCCCGGGGAGAUUUCCCUCGCUCACGGUUAGGAGAGAAACAACGUGGAAAAAUUCUUGGACUAUGGGUGACUCGCAAAAUUCGUACAAUCGCGCAGUUUAGUAUUCGGGACGCCAGCGGAACCAUUACACAACUCCCAGAGGCGGACCGUGCCAGGAUGUCCAAAACUGGGAGUCUGGUCGAAGGAAGCAGCCGCCUACCUUCCGCUCUAAUGGAGUCCGAGGAAUUUGAAGGCCGCCAGCCAUUGGCCCCACCAAAAGGCAGCAAGGGACAGACGAACGAAUUUGUUGAGCAUUUUCCCCUUUCCCCUGAAGGUAUAUCCGCGGAUCAUACCCUUGGAGAUCCGUCUUUUUAUAAUGCAAAUGAAACUGAGAAGUACUAUCAGUCUUCUAACCAGUUUGGUGUGGCUACUCCCACCGACUAUUAUGGCCUGGACCAAGACGGCCAGCGGAAGUUGAUGACUGAAUCGCCCCCAGCGAUUGACGCUGAGAGCACAGCUCUACCUCAAAGGAUCAGUUCUUUUGGGCUUCAACCCCUUCCGCCUAAUUACGAUCAACCUAAUCCCAAUGGCCCUACAGGCCUCGUUCCAAUGAAAUCCCUGUCGCGGCAUAAUACCCCAUCUUCUCGUCGCUCCAGUACGGCCCCAACAUCUGGAUACGGAUCCGGCCAGAACAGUUCUUCCCGAGUACAAUCCGAUUCCUUGCCUCACAGAAGAGACUCUAUGCCCGGUCAGAAGGUGAGAUAUAACGUAGUUGAUGGUUCUGGUUCCCAACGGAAUCAAACGCAACACCCAUCCCCACAGGUCUACUAUGGAACUGAAGAGGAAGAUCCAGGUUGGCCACGGGAAGCAAUUCUGUAUCAAAGAAAGAAUGGUAUUAAUAAGGGAAUCUGA